UCUCUCUCUCUUUUUUUUUUUCCGGCUUUCUUAACGCUUUUUCCAUUGCUUUUUCCACUCGCACUCUCUUUUUCUCUCUCUCUCUCUCCCGUUGAGAAACUCGAAACCUCUCUCUCUCUCUAUUUCUCAAUUUCUCUUGCUCUAAUUCUGUUGUCGUUCCAAUGGCGCACAAUCACGGCCAGCUGGGUAGCGCCGUGGUUGGCAGCGGUGGGCAUCACCAUCAUGGCCACCAUGCUGCUGCCAACCAGCACCUUGGGCAUCACCACAACAGCCAUCCAGGGCAGCAGCACCAUCCACAGCACGGCUCACAACAACAACAACAACAACAACCACAGCAACAGCUGACACCUCAGCAGCAGCUCCAACAGCAACAGGGUGCGGGAGCGGGCAGCGGGGCCACUGGAACGCCGAGCACGUCGGAACGCGAAACGCUGCUCUUCCUGCAGACCUUCCAGACCAAGCGGUGCCCCGGGUGUGCUGACUGGGCGUCGUGCAAGUUCUACCACGACGCAAGCCACCGUCGACGGCCACCCAUGAACGCGGCACUGACUGGCGUGCUCUACCUCCCCGCGCUGUGCGAACAUCGCCGCGCCAACCGUCCCUGCCCCGACGGCGACGCCUGCUUUUACGCGCACACCCUCGCCGAAAUCCAGUUCCACCCGCACGUCUACAAGACCAUGGAGUGCGAGCCCAGCAAACGCCGAUACCCGAACGGCGUCCACGAUGUCAAACGAUGCGCAUUCGCUCACAGCGACAAGCGCGACUUUCCGCGCCACCCGGGCCUCUUCCCGUUGUUACAGCACGCCACCACGGCCGGAUCCACCAGUGUGAUAACAGCCAACGGCGUGCCAAUCUUCCCGGCCGGCGGCGUCGCCCCGCACGGUGGUCCAGGGCUGCCGCAGCAAGCUCAGCCAUCGCCACUCCCCCCCUCUGGUGCUGCUGCUGCAGCAGGACCAACAGCCGCCUAUCACGCGGGUCACCCUCCUGUCGGCCAUAUGGCGACGUCCAACACGAGCAGCACAGCCGCCUCGCACCACACCUCGCCAACAUCGACCAGCGGCAGCACCACCCCGACAAACGCUGACUCUGCAGAUCUCAGUGCUGCCUCGCGCUCACGCACCUCAUCGGGCUCGGGCAAUGUCAUCCGGCCGCGCACGACGUCGGGCUCGGGUAAGACGCGCAACGAGGCUGCGCACCUCCCGUACACUUCGUACGCCGCCGCCGCUCCAGCAGCAACAGCAUCGUCUGCAUCAUCAUCUGCAUCUGCAGCAGCCACUUCUUCCUCUUUGUUAACGUCUUCCUCUCUUAAUACUCUCGGUGCUUCGAGCACCCCCUCGCAGCAGCUUCAGCACGCUGGCAAGCACCACCAUCACCACCACCACUCGCUUGCACAGGGUGCGUCCGGUCGCCCCGUCGAAGGGAUUGACUGGGACCAGAUCGGGAUUCAGCCCGCCGGCUUUGUCUUCCCUGCUAGUAACUCACCCGACGGCUGGCCCAAGGAGCUCGAUCGCCUGGAGACGGUCGCAUCCACUGCAGCGACCACGCUGGAAAAGUCCAUCAACGCCGAGCCGCGGCACCAGUACUUUUUGACGGACAAGUUUGAAUCGGCUUCCGCCGACAUUGCCGCCUCCUUCAGCAACAACACCCCGAACCUCACGGCCGAGAAUUAUGCCGAACUGAUGCACAACGCGCUCUUUUUGGACGAGCUGGCCUGUCGCCGCAAAUACCGCGAGUUUUCCGCUCACGACACGGUCAUUGAGCUCGACGAGUUUGACGCCAAGCGCUGGACUCUGACGCUCGGCUCGGAUCUCCGCAUUGGCGAAGCGCGCCCGUCGCUUCAGGUGCACGAUCGCGUCGACAUUAUGCCCUUGUUCUGCGACGCGGCCGCGAGCCACCUUCCGCCCGCGCAACGCAAGCAGGCAUACAGGCCUGUUGCUCGCGGCAAGACGAGCACUGCCAGUGCCGCCCCAAUCUCCUUUACGGGUCGCAUUAUCGAUCUCGACUCGCAGCAGGUCACGUUCGAGCUGCCGGCUGCCUUGCACUCGCUGCUGCAGUACCACGCCGCGGCCACAGGCGUCGAGCCCGAUCGCACCUCCUCCGCUCUCUCGGCUGAUGGCGUUGCUCCUGGUGGUGUCGGCUCGGCGACAGCUGGCACGGACGCGACUAGCGCCGCCGCCGCCGCAGCUGCUGGCGAGUCUGGUGCCAGCGGCCUGCCCGAUCGCAUCCUGCUGCACUGCCACGUUCGCUUCACUUUUAGUCGACUGACAUACCGCCUCAAGCAUCGCGCUGUGGAUGACAUCCCGAUGGAAGUUGUCUUCCCCCAGUUGAACAAGCACAAGUCCAAGCGUGACAGCGCCGCAGCCGCCGCGGCCCACCUGUCGAUCGACGGCGUCAUGCAGACCCUUGACUCGGACCAGCGGCGUGCCGUUGGCUUGAUUACGGACGCGGCGAGCAACAUUGGCACGGUGCUGAUCUCUGGUCCUUUUGGCACGGGCAAGACGUCUUCGCUGAUUGAGGCAGUCCGCCGGCUCUGCAAGCUGGGCAACAUUGUCACCGCCCCGGCAUCGGCCAACUUUGCAACCAACACGACCUUCCAGACGCGCGUCCUUGUUUGCACCCACACGCACAACGCAGCCGACGUCUACGUCGAAAAGCUGCAGGACUUUAUGCGUGGCAUUGGCGAGGCGUCCAACCCGGCGCAGCGCUCCCGCCCCGUGCUCUUGCGCGUCUACCCCGAGGACCGUAAUGUGGACAGCGGCUCGCCAGCCGCGCGCUUCUCCGUGCUGAACGCGGCCGGCACCGCCUACCGCUGCCCUACGCUUGACGAGGUCAAGCAGGCGUCCGUCAUUGUGUGCACUGCCGUCUCGUCCGUCAUGAUUCGCGACUUCUUCUCGGCCUCCGUGACCGCAGCCAACAUUGGCAAUCCAAGCAUGGCCAACAAGCUCACUCUGACCCACAUUCUGUGCGACGAGGCUGCCCAAGUGUCGGAACCCGAGAUUGCCAUCCCGCUCGCCCUGACCAACCCGCUCAUUACCCGAGUCAUUCUUGCGGGCGAUUUCAUGCAGGUGGGUCCCGACGUGUUUAACGACUCUUGCGUGAGCUUCCUGGGCCGCUCGCUGCUCGAGCGUCUGGUUGGAACCAACGAGCGCAACCACGUGCCAAACCCCGUGCAGCUGCGCAACAACUACCGCUGCCAUCACGAGCUCGUGAGCUUGCCGUCGCACAUUCUGUACGAGAGCCAGCUGUUUGCGCGCAACACCAAGAUUGAGCUGCUGCGUGGCGACACCCAUGCCAUCCAUGCCGUUUCCGUUCCGGCAGGCGCGUUGACCCCCAACCGAGUCAGCUUUUACAACUCUCCCGAGGUCGAGGCCGUCGUGGCAACAAUCCAGCGCCUUGCACAGCUUGUGCGCUCGCACGACGAAAUCUACGUUGUCGCGCCCUUCACCAUGCAAGUUCAGGCCAUUCGCAAGCGUCUGCGCUCGCUCAAAAUGUCGGAUGUGCGCGUCAUCACCGUGCAGGCCCUGCAAGGCAUCGAGUGCGAGGCCCUCGUCAUCUCUCUCACAUGGAGCCCCGAGCUCGACCUUGCCGCGUUCGAUCCGUCCGUGCCCACCGACAAGCUUCUGCCAGCCGAGCCACCGAUUGUCUCUGAUUUCAAGGUCAUCAACAUGGCUUUCUCGCGCGCUCGUCGCCACGUCACGAUCGUAGGCCAUCCCGUUGCAUUCCAGCGCACGAUUUGGCCGCAGUUUGUUUCCUGGUGCGAGCAGCAUGGCACGUUGAAGGACGCGGCCACCCUUCCUCCCGCGUCCUCCAGUCACGUCAUGUCGAAAGGCCAAAAGGCGCGUGUUCAGCAGCAGCAGCAGCAACAGCAACAACAACAGCAGCAGCAGCAACAACAACAGCAGCAGCAACAACAACAACAGCAGCAGCAACAGCAGCUUCAGCACCAUUCUGUGCAGCCGCAGCAAGCCAUGUUUGGCGAGCACGCCUGGAACGACGCCAACCCAUCGAGUGAGGGCGGUGCCGAGCACUUUGCCAGCGGCUCUGGAUUUGCUUCUGCAUCGCGCUCUGUCAGCCCUCCGAAACGCCUUGCCCCGCUGCCAAUGCUGGCUGAAACUGACCUGCCGGCAGUGAACAAUCCAGUCUCCAAGCUCGCGCUCGUCCAACUGAAGGACAUGCACAACAUCGUGACCUUGUUGCUGCAUUCUGCGCGCAAUGCUGCCCUUGCUGAUCCGAACGUUGCUCCAGCAGCGCUGUGGUCGCAGGCGUCCGAUCGUGAGAGGCUGAUCAAGCUCAUCUCACUCAACCAUGGCCUGGCUUCGAUGCAGGGUCUCCUCGUUGGUGCUUCGGCUGGCGUGUCGUCGACGACUGCAGCCUCCGGCCCGAGCGCGCUCAACGGCCCCUUGAUGCAUCCGCUCGCCACUCCUGGAUCCAUGUACACGAGCAUUUUGCCUCCCCCUGGUAUGAAGGGUCUGCCAAACGCCUAUGGCGCGACGGCCGCCGCGUCUGCGUCCGGUCUGUCUCAUUUGACGCCGCUCCAGCAGCAUCAGCAGCAUCAGCAGCAACAGCUUCUCUUCCAGCAGCAGCAACAGCAGCAGCUGCAUGCCUCCGCGCUUCACUCGCAGCAGCUUCAUCAUGGCCAACAUUUGCAUUCUGCUUCGCAUGGUCACCCGUCGUCCCUGAUGCCAUCGCAACAGCAGCAACAACAGCAACAGCAGCAGCAACAACAACACUCGACACAACUGUCUUCGUCGCUGCCGUUGCCUGGUCAACAGCAGCCGCCAUUCGGCUUCGCCGAGAAUAGCGAGUUUGAUUUCGGAAACGGUUCGUCCUUCCUGCCUGGCCUCAAGACCGACUUGUGGACGAGCGCAGCGUUCGAUCCCAUUGGCGGCACCAUGCUCGACGAUCGCGCGAUGGGCUUCAUGGGAGACGACGGUGCUGCUGGUGCAGACCCGACGGCCGCCAGCAACUCUGCUUGGAACAGCUGGGAUACUUACACCGCCUCCAGUCUCCAGCACGCGCCACAAGCUCACGGGUUUGGCGAUGACGCCUUUAGCAGUACUGACAGAACCCGGUAUGGCAGCGUGAAUGGCUCAGGACGCUCGUCGUUCUCUGGUAGCCGCGCGUGGUAGUUGUUUUCAGCCAGUGCUGUGACCAGCGCAGUGCCCUCCUCUUCCUCCCCUUACUUUUUACAAGCAUCUGGCUCGCGGACGGCGGCUUUUGGCCUGUCCUUGUGGUUUGACUUUAUGGCUUCGUAUUGUCUUUUCCUUUCUUUUUUCUCUUUUGACUUGUUAUUUCUUGGUAUUUCCCCCCCCCCUUUGUUGUCGUCUUUGACUCCCUUCGCCCCUCUCCGACUCCCCCAUUGAUUCCCCCAUUCUUUUCUUCGUCUUCUUGCCCCUCUCUUAUUUCGUUCUUAGCUUGACUAUUGGCUUAGCAACCCUUUCUUAGCGCCAUUACUUUGAUGUUGAUGUCUUUUUAUCUUUUCAUUUUUUUAUUUUUUUUUCUUAUAUUUGUUGUAUUUUGUUAUCUUCUUCUUUGGCUCAUUUCAAAUGGAAGCAUUUUUUUUAUAAACUCG